AAGCUCUUUGUGGGCGGUCUCAGUUGGGGCACCGUCGAUGCAGUCUUGUAUGAUGAAUUUGGCAAGUAUGGCGCAAUCGACGAGGCGAUUGUCGUUCGAGACAAAAUGACUGGUAAAUCGCGCGGCUUUGGAUUCGUUCGUUUUCAAGAAGCAGAGGAUGCGCAACGCGCAAAAGAAGCAACGGAUGGACAAUCCCUCGAUGGUCGUGUCGUGCGCGUUGAUUUCGCUAGUGAGAAG